GCCCAUAUAGGCGGACUGACAAGUCAUCUGCAUGCCAUGAUGAAGGCAGCAGCAGCAGCAGCAGCAGUCCAUAGUUGUGUGAGGCAGCUCGAAGCAGAGGGGCGGGGAGGGGGCGCAGCCGGAGCUCACAUUCAUUAACGACCACCGACAACCGGGAAGCCUCCUCCGGUAGGAUCACAGCGCUCACCGACACACGACCGGGGAAGAUGGUCGCGGUGCAGAUGUCCCCCAACUCGUCUCCGUCUGCGGAGUGGAUCUGCUGUCUGGAUAAAAGGCCCUCGGAGCGCUCGGGAGAGGAUGUGGACAUCAUUCUGACCAGAUUGAGAGAGGUCAAAGCCUUCCAUAGGUUCCCACCUCCGCUCUUACUGCAGAUCUGUGCCUGUGCCUUCUAUGAGUGCCUGGAGAAAGGCAUCACAUUGUUUCGACAGGGAGACAUAGGCACCAGCUGGUAUGCUGUGUUGUCCGGCUCUCUUGACGUCAAAGUGUCAGAAACAGCCAACCACCAGGAUGCCGUCACUAUCUGUACACUGGGGAUCGGGACAGCGUUCGGGGAGUCCAUCCUGGACAACACACCACGCCAUGCUACCAUUGUCAGCAGAGAGACCAGCGAGCUACUCCGCAUAGAACAGAGGGAAUUCAAGAGCCUCUGGGAGAAGUAUCGUCAGAGCUUGGCUGGACUACUGGCCCCUCCUUAUGGAGCUAUGGAGAGUGGAUCCAACAAUGACAGACUCGCAGACAAAGACAACAUGAACUCAGACUCUGCAAACAAAGCUCACAACAAGAUCCCUUCAGAGAAGCUCCAGAGAGCAGGGAAGGUUCUCCGCAACGCCAUCCUGUCCAGAGCCCCACACAUGAUUCGAGACAGGAAGUACCACCUCAAGACAUACAGACAAUGCUGUGUAGGCACAGAGCUGGUGGACUGGUUGGUGCUGCAGAGUGCCUGUGUUCUCACACGGUCCCAUGCUGUUGGGAUGUGGCAGGCUCUACUAGAAGAAGGGGUGCUCAAUCAUGUGGACCAGGAGCUGGGUUUCCAGGACAAGUACCUGUUUUACCGUUUUCUUGACGAUGAGGAGGAGGACACGCCGUUGCCUAGUGAGGAGGAGAAGAGGGAGAGUGAGGAGGAGCUGCCAGAGACCAUCCUCUUCCUCGCUCAGAUUGGCCCUGACGCACUGCUGCGCAUGAUCCUCAGGAAAUCGCCUGGUCAGAGGACAGGGGAUGACCUAGAGAUCAUCUACGAUGAGCUGCUUCACAUCAAGGCCUUAGCUCACCUCUCCAACACUGUGAAGAGGGAACUGGCGAGCGUCGUGAUCUUCGAGUCGCAUGCAAAAGCUGGAACUGUGUUGUUCAACCAAGGAGAAGAGGGCACAUCAUGGUACAUCAUCCAGAAGGGUUCUGUCAAUGUGGUUAUCUACGGCAAGGGUGUGGUGUGUACACUCCACGAGGGGGAUGACUUUGGGAAGUUGGCCCUGGUUACAGAUUCACCUCGUGCUGCCUCCAUCGUCCUGAGAGAGGACAACUGUCACUUCCUACGUGUGGACAAGGAAGACUUCAACAGGAUACUCAGGGAUGUGGAAGCCAACACAGUGCGUUUGAAAGAGCAUGAACAAGCUGUGCUGGUGUUAGAAAAGAGUCCUCGUGCUUCCACCCUGGGAAGCAUCAAAUACACUGUGAUAUCAGGAACACCAGAGAAGAUUCUCGAGCACUUCCUGGAGACCAUGAGGAUGGACAUACAUCACAGUGAACCAGACCCAGCAGUGGAUGAUUUUGUCCUCAUGCACAGUGUCUUCAUGCCCAACAGCCAGCUGUGCCCUCUCCUCAUGGCACACUACCAUGCGGCCUCUCCACCCGGGUCUGAACAGGAGAGGAUGGAGUAUGCUCUCAACAGUAAGAGGAGGGCCCUCAUUCUGGCCCUGCGUUGGGCCAACACACACACGUACCUGCUACAGGAGGAGCCUGCUGCAAUCUCUUUCCUUGAGGAGUUGUAUGGGAGUUUAUCAAAUGAUUCCCGGAUGUUGAGAGCUUUGAAAGACUUAGUUCCUGACCUGGAGAAAAUCGUCAAAUUACAUUCAGAAGAAGCCAAAUCCACAAAAAAGAAAACUCUAAUACGACAGUUCAGCAAUGGAGAGGAGAGGCUGCAGAAGAAACAGCCUAUUAGGAAUCACGAUGACAUCCUUUUAAAGGUGUACUGCAGUGAUCACACAUACACCACUAUCCGGGUUGCCGUGGCAGCGACAGGAAGAGAAGUGAUCAGCGCUGUGACCGACAAAAUUAGCACAACUGAUGAACUUGUGUUGGUCCACCUCAGUUCUGCAAGCGAAAAACAAAUCCUGAAGCCCAAUGACGUUUCAGUGUUUUCUACUCUGGGCAUCAACGGGCGAUUGUUUGCCUGUCCUCGAGACCAGCUCAGCGGUCUGACUCCUCUUCCAGACCAGGAGGGUCCGUCUGCAGGCUCCAUGUCAACUUUUGAGCUGAUGAGCUCUAAGGACCUGGCUUACCAAAUGACCAUGUUUGACUGGGAGCUCUUCAGCUGUGUGCAUGAGCAUGAGCUGCUCUACCACACAUUCGGCCGGCAGAGCUUUAGAAGAACCACGGCUAAUCUGGACCUGUUUCUGCGGAGGUUCAACCAGGUUCAGCUGUGGGUGGUCACUGAGGUGUGCCUCUGUGGACAGCUCAGCAAGAGAGUCCAGCUCCUCAAAAAGUUCAUUAAGAUCGCAGCACACUGUCGGGAGUUUAAGAACCUGAACUCUUUCUUUGCCAUCAUUAUGGGGAUGAGCAACCCUGCUGUCAGCAGACUGAGCCAGACGUGGGAGAAACUCCCCACCAAGUUUAAGAAGUUCUAUGCUGAGUUUGAGAGUAUGAUGGACCCAUCAAGAAACCACCGGUCCUACCGACUCACUGUCACCAAACUGGAACCGCCAAUCAUCCCCUUCAUGCCCCUCCUUCUCAAAGAUAUGACAUUUACACAUGAGGGCAACAAGACCUUCAUUGACAGUAUGGUCAAUUUUGAGAAAAUGCGUAUUAUAGCCAACACAAUUCGGCAAGUGAGGCACUGUAGAAGCCAACCAUUCAAUCCCGACAUAUGCCAACCCAACAAAAAUCAAGCAGACGUACGGGGUUAUGUCAGGAAGCUCUGCGUGGUUGACAACCAGAGGGCACUGACGCAGCUCUCCUACAGGCUGGAGCCUCGGCGGACAUGAGCUCGAAAUCUUCCACCGCCAUCGCCUUCUCUAUGAUGUUAGCAUAAAAAAAACCCACACACAUUACCUGGAGAAAAUAACAAAACUGGCCGUUCAGUAGCAAAUCACAAAGACUUUAGCACUAUCAUGGGCUAUUAUGGAUGAAGGACUUCUUACUGUGCCAUUAAAAGCCUCUUCUCCCUGGACAGACAGAAACUGUUCAGCUGCUCUGUCGUCGCUGUGUCUCAGCCCCCUGACUGAGGGUUUUAACUGUACUAGCUGUUACUGUUUGGGACCUGUUAGAUAGAACUGUAAUGUAUAGAACUUGAAUCAAUAUCCUGCAUGACUGAAUUUCAUAGGCUUUGUGUUCUAUACAGUGGAUUUCUAUCAGGGGUGUCCUGUAAUGUUGUGCUACCCCAAAUGAGCCCUAGUUUACAAUAUAUUACUGUACCUGCCUGUAAAGCAAACCUUACUCUCCUGAUGGUCCUACUCAUAGACAGAAAACACAGAAAACCCCAUAAACUGUAACCUAGACUCUUCAUUUUCUCUGUGGAAUAUACAGAUAAAUAUGAAAUCUGAAAGUUCUCUACUCUUAAGUAAUCUACAUGAUUAUAUCCAAGUCUUUGAAAAUCUUUAGGAUUUUAUGUCCUAUAGUUUAAUAUUAGUGUCCCUUAAAGGAAUACUUCACCCCCAAAAUGAUCUUUUGAAUAUCAACUACUCACCCCACGUUACGUUUAUUUGUGAAAAAGGGUUUCUUGCAUGCUUUCAUGGUGAACAAAGGAUCCAAAAGCAGAGAAUUCUUGAUGAAUUGAACCUUCGCUAAGCCCUGCCCCUUUGUGAUGGUCCGACAAGUUGUCAGAGUAAGCAUGAAGCCCACACUGUAACUAACUUCAAACUCAUAUUUUUGAGAAAAUGAAAGUGUGAUUCCAGAGAGCAGCAGACAGAGGGGUCUACAGUCUGUGUUUGAAGGAUAUAUCCGGGAUGUCAAACUGACUCAGCAGCAACAACAGGUUAAAAAGACAAAGAUAGUUAGAAGCUAAAGCCGAACUAUAGGCUACAGAUCACAGUGUAAAAGUGAACCACCACAUCACUGCUGAUCGCCACACAAGACAAUGAAUAUAAAGGGAAACUUCGCUGAUACAAACAAACAAUGUUCAUCUGCACACAAUGUGAUGUCACACAGCUGGUUGAAUAUCAGCAAAGUUUCCCUGCUUCCCUUCACUGGUUCCUGUACAGCAGGGUCGGUCUUUGUUUCACUGUUAUAAUCAUUAAAAAGCAAAAGCAGCAUGUGUAUACAUUCAGUAGGCUAUAUCUUCAGUAGCUAGCUAGCUAACCCAACACUUUUCAGGGUUUGAUUUUGGUUUUGGAACAAGGAAGAAACGUAUAUCUUUUUCCAAUCUCUCCAGGCACAAGUAUCAUUAAUACACGACGUGCCCCAGGCACAACAUUUAGCUUCAAAUCCACAAAACCAGCCUGAAAAUGAAGGAAAUCUGAAACGACUGUACUAGAGUCAAUGGAGCACAGCUGUGUCUGAGCAGGCCUGAUGCUACGUUAUAAUUGGCCAGUCUGUGUCUAGGGGCGGGACUUAGUGAAGGGUCAUUUGUAGUCAUCGGUGACCAUGUUUAACAACAGCAAAACUAUAUCAGAACAUCUGUUUACAAUCUCUCAAGCAACUUGUGCAGUAUAGUCCAUUUAUCCAGUUGUAUGCUCAGCACUGAAACAUGAAUUGUUGGUAAAACACUUAGGCAUAAACAGCACUCAUUCACUGUGGAGGCAUGUGAGAAAAACAAAUUUUCUUCAGAAAUUCAACAUAACACAGGGUGAGUAACUGAUAUCCAAAUGUCCAUUUGGGGGUUAAUUAUUCCUUGAAUUAGUCAGACACGUCAAAACUACUAAACAAAGUAUUAGUUGGAUUAAAGUCCUUAUUGUGUUGCAAACAGUGUUCAAAUUUGUCACUACAGUAUUGCGUUUUAUUUUUGCAUCAGAAUACAAUUCCUGUAGGAUAUGGAUUAUUCUAGAUGAUGAAUUUGCUUGGUAUGAUCUGUUCUGAGGUCAGUUGUAAAACCAAUCUGUACUCUUUGAUUUGGAAGCACUGAUCCUAGAUGCAGAGUCUUAAAGGCAACUCAAACUUUGAGGGGAAAUCUUGUCAUCUGAGUCUGUGUAAUUUUAUUUUUAUAUAUGUGGAUGUAGAUUUCGAGUGUGUUCUUGACAAGUGUCAUUAAUUUUCCUUUGAUCUCAGGAGCUUCUGAUGUGACUGUGUGUGUGUCAAGAACUGCCGUGAGGCUGUCUUUCCCCAGAGCAGCCUGUAACUGUACCGUAUGUGUGG